GUAAUACGCAUGAAGAGCCGAUCCAGCAAUGCCAAUGCGAACCGAUACGCAAGUCCUGGCUACUCAUGGGUGAUCCAUGGGAUCAUGCGGAGGAGUGAGAUAUAAACACAAAUCAAAGGUCCUCCAGGUUUCCCGGGGGCGGCACGCGCCUUGAAUAACAACUGCUUGCACACCCCGAAGCAGACACAGUCGAGCCUAGAGGUCUUGGACCGUUGUAAAACCUGCAUCAAUCGUCGCCAUCCCACCAGAGCUGGGCACCCGUAUAAUUCGGCAAGACGAAAGAACAUGUCCCCGGCGGUCACAAGCGACUACUAUCCCCGCGACCACAAACCGCCCAUUCCCGACCUCGCGCCCAACAACCCCUUCUCGUCGUCAACGUCGGCACCAUGCUCCUCCUCGCCAUCAGCCUCACCCUCUUCGGCGCCCUCCGCUCGACCGGGCUCUUCUCCUUCAACCUCCCGGCCGCCUUCUCGUUCUCCUUCCUCGGCGGCGGCACGAAGCGCAACGGAGAAGCAGCUCAGUAAGCCCCAGGAGGCACUCUCGCUCUUCCCGUCCGGCACCAUCGUCAACACGACGACGACGACAAGCACCACAGCAGGCCCCACGAUGUUGCCCGCGCCCCCAGUACGCGCACACCAGCCGCGCGUCAACGAGGCUCUUCACCAUAGCGGCGGCCCUCAUCCCCCUCCUCCUCCGUCUUCCACCAAGUCGUCAUCUCGCUCGUCCACGGACACCACGCAGGGCAGCAGCAGUAGCGGGGACGAGGAGGCGCCGCCGCCGUCAUAUGUCGCCGCCACGGGGGGCGCAAACGCCUCUCCUCUGCGCGCUGGAGCAGGACGAGCGGUGAGACCGGCGGGCACCGUAGCAGGGCCAGGGGCACAGAGCCUGGACGGACAGCCGUGGAAGCAACCUCCCACGACACCCCUGCACUUGCUCGCCGAGGCGGAAGCGGUGGUGGACUGUCCGCACUGCGGCGCCAGGGGGAUGAGCCGGGUGAGCAAGCACAACUCCAAGUACACGUGCCUCGCUGGUCUUGGGCUUGGCGCAAUGUGCUUCUGCCUGGCGGUCGUGCCGUGCCUGACGCACUGCCUGGCCGACACGGACCACGAGUGUUCGCGGUGCGGGAGGGCGCUGGCGAGGAAGCGGUACCGGGGGGACACGGAGGUGCUGGUCGCGCCGUGGGAGAUGAGAAGAGGAGGUAGUGGAUAUAUCCCGAUGGGGCAGAUGCAAGGGAGGUAGUCUGGUGGGUGUUACAAGGCUGGAAAGGCUGGCGGAUUUGGGACAGGCCUGGUGUUAUUUGCUUUGUGUUGGUUGUCUGAUGAUUAAGCCCUUGAUGCCCAGUAUACGUUCACUUGUCCCCGCGUGGUUAUUGCAGGAGGUGUGGGUGGUCCACAAGGGGUUCAGCAUGCUGCUGUGCUUGCGGUCCUUUACUUGAUGACGCUGAUGACAAGCUUUGGUGC